AUGUCAAGAGUCGGCAUGCGGACCGACGAUUUUGCUGCCAUAAUGCGCAAGCGGUGCGCCUCCCUGCUAGCCCGAAUUCGCUGCAGCACCAACGGGCUCCUGAGCGCGUUCGCGGACCGCUGGGAUUCCGCGCUGAUGCGGAGAUGGACACAGCUCCAUGUAUCGCGCUCCACUGCGGAAUAUAUGGGUAUCUUCUUAGGUGGUCGCAUUUCGCCUGAUGAAAUAAUGUACUCACAAGAGCUCCGCGAUGGAUGCUCGGUGGUAGCUCACCAGGAUGUGGUGCCACAAGAAAAACACACCUUCGUGAUAACCAGUGCCGAUUACUGCAAUCGGGAACACGAAAUUUUGAAGUAUAAUCAGGAAUUUCUUCUAACUCUCUCUAAAACAGUGAAGAAAAAGCCCCUUUACGUGAGGUUCGACCCGAACCCAAUCCCAGGUUUGUGCGGAAAGUUCCCGUUGUUCCUGAGCGAGCAUGCGGUGUCAAGCACGCGCUGGCGAAUCCUGCCGGUCCAGAGGCCUAACAUCUCUCGCUUUGAACAGGAAGGGAAACCAGUCCCUGUAAAUGAAGACAUUAUAAUAAAUCAUUGCGCCACCAAUAUUAAUUUAGGCGUGGACACCGGGAAGGGGGAAUCGGGAUUCUACGGGAAAAUUUACGCUCCCACGAUGAAAACCUGCUUAGACGUAUUUGGGCGCGAAUUGCCGAAUAACAUUUGGCAUAUUCACAAUCCCAUCCCCACCGAUUGACUGACUUUUCAGUUUUUUGCAGCGUACAAGUAAUAUGCAUACCAAAUGAAGUAUGUACAUACCGAUAACUUGCUCAACAUUGCCCAUCAUGCUC